CAGAAGGCGAGGUUUCACUCGUUCGACCAAUCACGAGGCGGCUCUCGUCGCGCACCGAUGACGCCAUUCAAGCAUGUAUGCGAGUCAAGGAUGUUGAGGCUCCUCUCCAGAGUCUGUGGGUCUAUAGCACUUGAAGGAAACCUAAAAGCAGCAGCCGCGCACCAAAGCAUCUGUUCUGCAGCCUCACUGCCAGUCUCAGUCUGCUCAGGUUUAGCUGUUAAACCCAUAAUGGAGGCUAAACUAUACCGGCCUCCCCCAGAGGUCCGAGGUAUGACCUCUUUGGACAAAGAGGCCUUCACACAGACUAUUUCUGUCCCAGCCCUACGGGUACCAACUGGGGUCUUAAACAAGGUGGUAAAGAGCCUGAGAAAGGCGACCAUCCAGCGCCCAGGGGUGCCCCGAGUGGUGCAAGAUAAAGAGGAAAGUUGUGACUUUCGUUUAGUUCUUCUGGACCCCCACAGAGUCUCCUCUCCAAGCUCCUUCACUGAAGCUGAGGCCGAGGCUCUGAGGUCCUUCAGUGUCGCUAAAGAGCUGCAGUACUAUGAGCUUCGACUCACUUAUCACAACCUGAAGAGUGAAGAAGUGCUGGAGGCCGUGCUCCCUCGGGGUCAGGACGUGACCUCUGGGUUCAGCCGGGUGGGACACAUCGCACACAUGAACCUAAGGGACCACCAGCUGCCGUACAAGAACCUCAUAGGUCAAGUCAUCAUGGACAAAAACCCCGGUGUUACAUGUGUGGUCAAUAAGACAAACAUGAUUGACUCCACCUACCGCAACUUCAAGAUGGAGGUGCUAGCUGGAGAGGAGAACAUGGUUGCCAAAGUGAAAGAAAACGGGGUGACAUACGAGUUUGACUUUUCUCAUGUAUACUGGAAUCCCCGGCUGAGCACCGAGCACCAGCGCGUGGUGCAGCUGGUGAAACGCGGCGACACCGUGUUUGACGUGUUUGCUGGCGUCGGCCCUUUCGCCGUCCCGGCUGCCCGCUCCGGUGCAAACGUCCUGGCCAACGAUCUCAACCCGGAGUCCCACCGAUGGCUGCAGCACAACUGCAAACUCAACAAAGUGGAGAAGAAAGUCCGAACCUUCAACCUGGACGGCCGAGCGUUCAUCCAGGGGCCUUUGAAGCAGGAGCUGCCCGCGCUGCUCAAGGGAAAAGCCACAGUGCAUGUAGUGAUGAACCUGCCUGCCCUGGCGCUGGACUUCCUGGAUGCAUUCAGAGGCCUGUUGCAGCAGGAACCUUCCGCUGAUGAGAUCCUACCCACAGUGCACUGCUACGGCUUCUCUAAAGACGACAACCCUGAGGCGGAUGUGGCGCAGAGGGCUUCACACAGCCUCGGGUUCCCCCUCAAGGACCGGUGCUCUGUGCAUUUUGUGCGCAAUGUAGCACCCAACAAAGAUAUGAUGUGUGUGACUUUCACACUCCCGAAAGAGGUCCUCUUCAGCAGUGGUCCGGAACAGACAGGUUUGGAUUCUCCAGAGCCUUCAGCAGAACCAGCUCCGAAGAGACAGAAGUGUGAAGAAGCCACAGAAGACCCAUGAGUAUACGGAAACAUUCGAGUCAUUACCGCUUCAUUUUUUUUCAAUAAUAGUUGACGUUGCAUCCUGUCAUAAGAAAUAAUGGACCAGCAUUACAACACCAAACUUGGUCAUACAAAGUUGU